AUGACGGUGUCCCGCACUCAGGAUACAAAGUCGUCCCGGGCCCGGCUCGUGAUGGCUCCCUCUGUCCGUCUGGUCCUGCUUCUUACCGUCUUGCUCAGCCUGGGGGAGACUCCUGCCUCUGUACCUGUCCACCAGGGGCGAGGAGGCUGGACCCUCAACAGCGUGGGCUAUCUCCUGGGCCCCGUGCUCCACCUUCCCCAGAGCACGGACCACGGAGGGAAGGAGAAGACGGCCCUGGAGGUCCUACACCUGUGGAAGGCCGUUGAUGGGCUCCCCUAUCCCCGCCCUCAGCGGGCCUCCAAAAGGAGCCUAAGGGAGACCUUUGCUCAAGCAGAGACUGCAGAUCUGGGCAAGCUCAGCAAUAAAGCCCCCAAGGAGGGAGAUGCCCGCGGUCUUAGAUGUCUCCAGACCUCUGCUCUGCAUCCAUCUCCCCAGCUCCUCCUGAACCCCUGUCUAGCUCCCUCCACUGAGACUGAGAUCCUGAAGUCAAGUCUCUAA